CACCUGAGUGGAAGUUGGAAGCCGCUAGCAGGAGCGACCUCGGGGCCGGGCUGAUGUCAGCCGCUGGAUAUCCUUCAGGUCGCCAUGGUAAUUCCAUUACCAAAAUCAAUGCAGGAGGAUGUGGGAGCAUGGCAGUGGCUGGCCGGCCACCCAGCUCCUGAGUUGCACAGUUCCUCCCCUCGCGGGACAGUGCCAGCCCGUGGCAGUGAGAACAAGAUGUUGCAGCCUCUCGGCCCGUCUCUCUCUGCUCUCCUCUGACAGUCUCCAACUAUAGCUGCACCUCGGCGCUGGCCAAGCGCUGGCUACACCAUGGAGUUAAUAGCAGUGGCCGUGGUCAUCGUCUUGUUCAUCGGAGUUCUGCGCCAAUUCGGCAUCUUGGAGCCCAUGUCCAUGGAAGAUGACUGUGACAUCGAUGAUGAAUUAUCAGCAGCCCGCCACCAGCCCGAAGGCCUGGAUGGUCUCCAAGCUCGGACCAUGUUCUCCAAGAGAGAAAUCCAGUCUCUGUACAGGGGCUUCAAAAACGAAUGUCCUAGUGGAAUGGUGGAUGAGAAAACUUUCAAAUCAAUUUAUUCCCAGUUUUUCCCUCAGGGAGAUGUUACAACAUACGCACACUUCUUGUUUAACGCGUUCGACACAGACAACAGUGGAGCGAUUCGAUUUGAGGAUUUUGUUAUCGGUCUGUCUGUGUUACUGCGGGGGACUGUGAACGAGAAGCUGAUCUGGGCCUUUAACCUGUACGACAUCAACAAGGACGGCUACGUGACCAAGGAGGAGAUGUUGGCCAUUAUCCAGUCCAUCUAUGACAUGAUGGGGCGUUACACUUACCCUGCCCUGCACCCGGACAGCCCCCUUCAACACGUGGAGAGGUUCUUCCAGAAGAUGGACAGAAACCGUGACGGCGUGGUGACCAUUGAUGAGUUCCUGGAUGCCUGUCAAACGGAUGAGAAUAUCAUGCAUUCUAUGCAGCUCUUUGAGAACGCUCUUUAGAAGCAUCUGAACCCUCGACUGAGUUGGGACAACACAGGCAGGACCUCUAUAUCUUGUCUCACACACUUUGUAAUCCUGAGGAUCUCCAAGUAUGCUAUUUCCUUGGCAAAACUAUUUUAAAAACACUUCAAUUAACAAUUAGGAAUAAUUGUUCCAUUGCAUUGUGACUUUUCUCAGCAAGGGUUGACUAAGCAAGGACUGCUCCUCUAGGGUAGAAGAUAUUUUUUCCAAUGGAAAUAAUGUUAUUCCGUCCAAAAUCCUGAAUCUGACAGAUUCCAACGUUCUCUGGACUUUAAAGGAAUGGGAUGGAAUAAAAUGGACUAACGGGCGCUGACGGCCUUUCACCCUCCUUGAGGCUUCCAGGACAAGAAGGAUUGAGACACGGAGCCUUCACUAAAAGCUGGCAGUGACUGGAAGCUCGUGCAAGCGGAGACCAGUGAAGCACUGAGGCAACAAGCUGGAAAUUAUUCAAGCAGGGAAGCAAAUCAAAGUCCCACCGUGAGCGCAUGGCGGCACAGCGACGCUGGAGACCCCGGGUUCGAUCCUGACCUUGGAUGCUGUCUGUCUGGAGUUUGCACGUUCUCUCUGUGAUCGCGCGGGUUUCUUACGGGUGCUCCGGUUUCCUCCCAAAUCCCAAAGACGUGCGUGUUUGUAAGUUAAUUGGCUUCUGUAAAUUGUCCCUAAUGUGCAGGGAGAGGAUGUGGGAUGACAUAGAACUGGUGCGAACGGGCGAUCGAUGGUCCACAUGGAAUGGAUGGGCCGAAUGGUCUGUUUGCAGGUUCAUUCAUUUUAAUAUUCACUUCUGUAUGUUGUGAGCCCUGUGGUCUCUCACCCCCUCCCCCCCCCACUCUGUGACGAACACCCAUCAUACCCACAUCUUUGGGCGGCACGGUGGAGCAGCGGGUAGAGCUGCUGCCUUACAGCGCCAGAGACCCGGGUUCGAUCCUGACCACGGGUGCUGUCUGUGUGGAGUGCCAACGUUCUCCCUGUGAUUACAUGGGUUUGUAGGUUACUCGGCCCUCUGCAAAUUGACCCGAAUGGGUAGGGAGUGGAUGAGAAACUGGGAUAAGAGAGAACUAGUGUAAACAGGUCAUCGCUGGUCGGCACGGACUCGGUGGGCCGAAGGGCCUGUUUCCAUACUGUCUCUCUAAACCAAGACUCUGUUCCUUCAGUUUGAAAGGCUCCUGUUUCAUUGCCACAAUAUGAUACUUCUAUCUGAAGGAAAACAGUCAAAAGAUGACGUGCAGAGCACAAUUUCCAGGAUGUAAUUUUAUUUGCAUUUUAUUUUAAUUUGUGAUUAAAGGCAUUUAAACAGUCUCAGGUUUCACUGCUACAGUGUGGAUGGUCGAACAUAUAAAGUGCGGCGAGCUUGUGAACCUUGCUGUAGUGGCAUCACGACCAACUAGGGGACAUGCCCGGGAGUGAGACUGGUUUUAAUUGAUGAUCCCCUGGAGCAGUCAGGGGUCGACAGGCAGAACCUUGUCCCCAGGGUGGAUAGGUGACGUUUCACAGAGUGCUGGAGUAACUCAGUGGGUCAGGCAGCAUCUGUGGAGAACAUGGAUAGGUGACGUUUCACAGAGUGCUGGAGUAACUCAGCGGGUCAGGCAGCAUCUGUGGAGAACAUGGAUAGGUGACGU